GGGCUGGAGGCCAAGAGCCAGGAGCUCAAGAGAAAGUACAACCUGAGCGCCGAGAGCUACCGCGAGCUCGAGCGGGUCGUGCUCAAGCUCAAGCCGCACAAGGCCGGCGUCCAGUGGAAAUUCGCCGGCUCCUUCUACUUCGCCAUCACCGUCAUCACCACCAUAGGCUACGGGCACGCGGCGCCCAGCACGGACGGCGGGAAGGUUUUCUGCAUGCUCUACGCGCUGCUGGGCAUCCCGCUGACCCUGGUGAUGUUCCAGAGCCUGGGCGAGCGCAUCAACACCCUGGUGCGCUCGCUGCUGCGCCGCCUCAAGAAGCGCCUGGGCAUGCGGCGGCCGGAGGUGUCGAUGGCCAACAUGGUGACCAUCGGCUUCUUCUCCUGCGUCAGCACGCUCUGCAUCGGCGCCGCCGCCUUCUCGCACUACGAGAACUGGAGCUUCUUCCAGGCCUACUACUACUGCUUCAUCACGCUGACCACCAUCGGCUUCGGCGACUACGUGGCGCUGCAGAAGGACCAGGCCCUGCAGACGCAGCCGCAGUACGUGGCCUUCAGCUUCGUCUACAUCCUGGCGGGGCUGACGGUCAUCGGCGCCUUCCUCAACCUGGUGGUGCUGCGCUUCAUGACCAUGAACGCCGAGGACGAGCGCCGCGACGCCGAGCAGCGGGCGCUGCUCAGCCGGGCGGCCCCGCCGGGC